AUGACCCAGAAGUUCUACGUCACCUACAACCAGGUGCACAAGCUGUGCCAGAAGUCCGCCGAUGCCAUCCUCAAGGAAUUCCACCCCAACCUGAUGAUCGCCAUUGGUGGUGGUGGCUACGUCCCUGCUCGCAUUCUCCGAUCCUUCCUCAAGAGCCCCGGUGACCCCAACAUCCCCAUCCAGGCCAUCGGUCUGUCCCUCUAUGAGGAUCUCGGCCGUGGUGAUGCCGAGGAGGUCCCCGGUACCAAGGUGACCCGCACUCAGUGGCUCGACCUGAGCUCCCUCGAGAUGGCCAACCUGAUUGGCAAGAACAUCCUGAUCGUUGAUGAAGUCGAUGACACCCGGACAACUCUCGAGUAUGCCGUGCGCGAGCUGGAGAAGGAUGUUCAGGAGGCUCAGAAGCAGCUUGGCCGUGAGGGCGAGAAGACUAACUUCUUCGUCUACGUUCUCCACAACAAGAACAAGCCCAAGAAGGGUGUUUUGCCCGCUGAUAUGAUGGAGGGUGGCCGUUACCACGCCUCCGUCACCACCGACGAUGUCUGGAUCUGCUACCCCUGGGAGGCUAAGGACAUUGAUGAGCACGAUGCUCUGGCCAAGGAGAACCCGCUCAUUUAA